AUGAGGGAAGUGGAUAUCUUGAAUCAUGAAUCCAUAUUGCAGGACUCUCCAGAUGAUCAACCAGAAAUUAUUUACAUGAAAUGGAUUACAGCUGAACAUUACCUUCUGUACAGUUCUUGUUUAGCUCAGGAGCUCACACUUCCGCCAGGAGAGCAUGUGUAUAAUUUUUCUGUCAAACUCCCAGAAAAUUUGCCAUCGUCAUUUGAAGGCACAUAUGGUCGUAUUCGUUACACAAUCAAAGCAAAAAUGAACCGGCCAUGGGCAUUUGAUGAAAAAGUCAAAGCUUUCUACACUGUGAUAUCACACCUAGAUCUGAAUAAGGAUCCUUUGGUCAAGGAACCUGUAUUGCAAGUCACCGAGAAAACUCUGUGCUGCUGCUGUUGCCGUUCUGGCCCUUUGACAUUAGUUGCUAACAUUCCAGCUAGAGGAUUUGUCUCUGGUCAAGAGAUACCUAUUACCGUAGAGGUUGAUAAUGCAACUGAGGAAACAAUAAGUGCUGUUACAUGCUCCCUGAAGAAGAAUGUAUGUUUCACAUCCCAUACACCUCGUAAGAAAACAAAGAUAGUAAGAGACAAAAUUGAGACCAUCACAUAUGAACCUGUAGGCCCAAAUACAUCUAAAACUUGGACUAAAAAUUUGAAAAUUCCAAGUUUGCCUCCAUCCAAUUUGAAUAACUGCAAUAUCAUUGAUCUUGAUUACUUUUUACAUGUCAAAGCAGUUAUCAAUGGGCCCCACACAAACUUACAUGUAAACAUCCCAAUAAAAUUAGGAACAAUUCCACUGUUAAGCUACAUACCACCUGAAUUAUCCAAACAGCUAUUGGACUCCACCAUUCAUACUCCUCAGCUUCCUCCUUUGAAAGAUGCUCCUGAAAAAUUUCCACAUCCAUCCAUAACAUUGGCACCAUAUCCACAACCGCAUACACAGUACCCUACUGCACCAUAUUCCUCAAAUAUUGCAGAUAUCAUGGCGCCCAGCACAAGUCAGCAGGAUAUUACAAAUGGACUGCCAAAUCAGUUGAACAUAAUUCCAUCUGCACCACCCCUUCCAUACCCAGAAGUUCGUAAGUAUUCUCAUAUUGUCUUGCUUCUGCCCAUAUUUAAUCUGUAUGAUUGUGGGGGUACAGAUGAUAAAACAAGUUACUAG